CGGGCAGUGAGGCGCUGGCGGCGAAGGAGGAGGAAAGCGCGCGCGUGCCCUGCUAGUCGAGGGAGGACGGCGGAAAAGGAGGAGGAGGAGAAGCAGCAGCAGCAGCAGCGCGCGCUCCCGGGGCCUCCCUCGCCUUGUUGUACUCGGCACAACGCUGGCUCCGCUACGAGCAAAGCAGCGGAGGGGGAGAAGAAGCAAGCGGGAGCCCGAGCCGAGCCAGCCGGCGCCAUGGAGGAGCUGAGCAGCGUGGGAGAGCAGGUCUUCGCCGCCGAGUGCAUCCUCAGCAAGCGGCUCCGCAAGGGCAAGCUGGAGUAUUUGGUGAAGUGGAGAGGCUGGUCUUCCAAGCACAACAGCUGGGAACCCGAAGAGAACAUUCUUGAUCCCAGGCUGCUCCUGGCCUUUCAGAAGAAGGAGCAUGAGAAGGAGGUGCAAAAUCGGAAGAGGGGCAAACGACCUAGAGGCAGACCCAGGAAGAACGUUGAACCGGAGGUGCCUCCAAAGAGCAAAUCCAGCAGCUCUUCUUCCUCAAGCUCCUCCUCAUCUUCCUCCUCCGAUGAAGAGGAUGAAAGUGACCUUGAGACAAAAAGAGGUCAGCGGAGCAGAGAGAGCCACCCAGUGCCUCAGAAGAAAGCUCAGAUCUUGGUUGCCAAACCUGAGAAUAAGGACCCUAUUAGGAAGAAGCGUGGGAGGAAGCCUCUGCCUCCGGAGCAGAAAGCAGCGAAGAGGACUGUCAACCUGGCAAAGGUGCUGAAAACAAACCAGAAGGAGAUGGGAGGAGGGGGAGGGGGAGCUCCCAAACUAAUGAGCAAGAUGCAGCCGCAACACAGUGCUCAGAGUUCUGGCAUUGCCAUGCUUAAAUCCCACAUGAAGGAAGCCCAAGGUGCAUUUGGUGGGUUUUGUUCCGGGGCUUCCUCCACCGACAACCUCUCCGGUAUUGUGAAAAGCACCUCGUCUGGGAGCCCAAACUGCGGCAUCAGCUGGCAGAGCUCCAUUGUACAUUAUAUGAGCAGGAUGUCGCAGAACCAGAACUCAGCAGAUGCCUCUGCCGUGGGGAGACUGACGCUCAAGUCGGCCAUGUCCUGCAAGAGUGGCCUGGGGCUCGAUUUAAAACUGAAAAACCAGAAAGCCGGCGGGGAUCUGGAGUUGACCGUGCAAGGCUCCAAGGUGACAAAGAGGCCUGGCAGCAGCAGUGCGCUGGGGGAGCAGAAAACAGGGUACGGUGCUGGCACCCAGAACUUGCACAAUGGCAACAAGCCCCCCACCGGCUCUGCCAACAGCCACCCAGCUUCCAACCAGGAGCUCAACCUCCAAGCUUUAAAUCUGCAGAGUGUGAAAAACGGGGUGAAUUCCACAGGCGGCAGCAACCUUCCCCGCCAUGCUUGUGGGACUGCGGCCAAGGGCACCGGCGGCAGCCUAGCUGUGAGCACAGGUGUGGCCAAGGGCAGUGGCUCAAACGCCACAAACGCAGGGGCAGCGUUGGCAGGCGCGGACCCUUGCAAAAGCGAGAAGCCGGCACAACGAGCAGCUGUGGGCGAGAGGGAUGCAGCCGCGAAAAGUGGCAAGCCCCCGUGUGCACAGGAGGGGUGCCCCGCGGCAGGGAACCACAAGGCUUCGGCCCUCUCUGAGAUGAGCACCGGAGAAGAGGAGACGAGCUCGGAUUCAGACAGAGAUUCUGCUUCUUUCCCCGGAGCAGGCCAGAACAUGUCCGUCUCCAUCCAGACUAGCCAGGACUGGAAGCCCACUCGCAGCCUCAUCGAGCACGUCUUUGUCACAGACGUGACAGCUAACCUGAUCACAGUGACUGUCAAGGAAUCACCAACCAGUGUUGGCUUUUUUAAUCUUAGACAUUACUGAGCUCGGAGGCAUGCAGGGGGGAGAUACGCUUCCCUCCCGCUCAUCUUGUCUCAUUGACUCUACCUGACUGUUGCCUUGGAUGCCAGAAGGGGAAACAAAACCCAGCUGCUCCCACCCUUAAUAAGCUAUAUGCUAUGACGCAGUCACUCUGCAUUGGGAGGCUCUGCGGUGGUUGACCAUGGUAGCUUCCGGCCUGUAGUUUUAUCUAUGGAACCCCCCUGAAGCAUGCAGUGGGUUCUUCUCGGGAGCCAAGUUGUUAAUGCAGCUGCCAAAAUAUAUGUGAUGCAGUGGGGGACACACUCUCUCUAGAGGAAUGGCUUUACUUGUUGAAACCAGCCAUUAUAGAGGAGGUUGGGCAAAGGCUGGUAGCCCAGGUUUUGUUGUGCUUGGGGACUCCUUAGCUUUAUGAGUUAGAAAUGGCAGAGAGAAAUGGAGAUCUAGCUGCCUGGUAAGUUGAGGGAGAGCAAGCCCUCCAGUACAAUAACAUUUGUGUUCUCCAAGGAAAACAAAUUCCUCAUUCCUUCCACCAAACAAUCCACAUUCAAACCUUGUCAUUUCCUAGGACAGUGAAACCCAAUCUAAACCCGAAUGCAAAUUUAGGAGGCUGCAAGAGAGCAUAUGAAAUGAGAAUGAUGUUUACAUUUCCUUAUUUCCUUAAGUCGAUGCAUUGGACUUGGAAGCUAAAGGGGGUGGUCUAGAAGUGGGCAUUGCCCUCAGAGCUUUUGUGGCUGGGCCUGAAGGUGCUGUUUGUUGCAAGGCCAAACUGGCAGUGGACUGCUUUAAAAGGCUCGGGUUGAACAUUGGCCCCUGGAAGCACCAGAUCUAUCUAGGAAUCUGUGUGCUGUAGUGUACAGGAAAUCAUUCCAAUAAAACAGUCUCUGAGGUCUGCUCAUGACACGGCACCCUUUUUCACUUGCCUGAAGCUGCUCAGAGUGGGGAAUCCAGCCUCCUUUUCUUCAUUAGCACCUGGGGUGUGGUUGAGGGAUACUUUGCCCAUCGCAAAAAAAAUUACAGGAGAAGCACAUGUGAAUCAUUGUUAAGAGUUUAGCUGUGCAUUCAUGUAUGGUGAAGCCGUGGCCAGUUGUGGCUUCCAAUCGUGCUUAUAUGCAGCAAAAAUCCAUACAUGCACUGGUGAGUCUUUUAUAAGAGGCCCCGUGGAACAUGUGUACUCUGUAUCCACAGCGCCUCUUUUAAAGGACUCUCCCUUUACAUAUGUUUUUUCUCACAGCGAAAAAAUAGAAGUGGAGUUCAUUCAUGUGGAGUAGACAUUUUGUCGUAUGUGAAGCAGCCCUGAGGUUUUGAUGAGCGAGAAUGUUGCUGAUAUCUGCCAAUCAAAUUUAACUAAGGGCCUUUGGUAUUUGGGCAACAGAUCCUUAGGGUUUCUAUUGGACUGAUCUCUUCCGCCGCAUCCGUGCUUGCAAGCUUGAUACAAAACAUCCCAUGCAUAUAACAUUUGGAUGGGGAGCUCCGCUUUCUUCUCCCUUACUGAUGUUUUGGACUGCAUGUAGAUCCGGCAUCCCUGGAUCAUAUAUUACUAGCCUUCACACAUGAUGCAGAGUCAAAGUUCUCCUUGUGAUUUGUAGUUACAGGAACUAUCCGUUGUGACAUCACCUGCUUACCAGUGAUUGAAACCAGAGAGGUCAACAUUUGUGUUGAGCCUGAACUUGCCUGAAAUCAAGAUGUGACUCAGUUUGAGUCUGUUUUGCUUCUCCCAAAAUAGAUGUUUCCUAUGGGUCGAACCUGUAAUCCAGGUUUGUGCUAGCACCAAGCAGCAUGUUUAUUUCUGUCAGAAUUUGACUUGUGUCCCUUCUAGCUUAUCAGGACUUUAGCAUGCUCAGAGCGGGAAGCAGGUAGGAGCAGAGAAUGUCUACAUCAGGGGUGGCUAGCCAGUGAGUUUUCUGUACCAAAGGUUUUCUGUACACCCAAAAAAACUAUUUGGCAUUAUUAAUUUUUGUUAAGCAAAUUAAAAACUGUGGUGCUAUGAUGUUCCCACUGAGAUGCUAUGGAAAGUCAGCCAGUCCUCCAAAAAUUAUGCACCUUUGGCUUGCAAAGGUACCAUUUCAUUCUCUGGUGUUGCACCAUUCCCUGAAGGUCCAAACAGGUAGAGCCCACCUACCUGUUUCCUCAGCCUUAAGACCUUGGAAUGGUGCUGUGCUGCAAUAAGAAGAGGCACUUUUGCAAGGCAAGUGGGAGGCUCUACUGCCUCUCCCUGCACUGAGCUGAUUGGGAGAGUGAGGCAGGGAGGAGCUGUCUACUUUUAUCUGCCUGGGCAUGCAAGUGAAGGGAGCAUUGGCCACACUGCAGCCAAUGAAAAGGGUUAGCCUCUCCAGGUCUCCAUUAUUUAUAAUGAAAUGCUUUCAAACCUUGGCUGCAAGGACAUGCAGCUGUGUAGCUUUCAUAAUCCUAGGGUGUAUGGACAUUAAAAUACUAGUUUAUAGGAGCUGCUCAAGGACAAAUGGGUGUGUCCCAGGCUUAAUUGUUCUGAAAGUUGAACAGCUUGUGUUUGCAUCUUAGUUGGUAGUAUGACUGUCAUAAUAUCACCCAGGCCCUAGUUUGCAACCUUUGGACCUUUUUUUUUCUUAGCAGUGGUUUGGCCUUCCAGUAUUCCUGUUUGCUCACUACUGCCACAUGAGUUUCCCAACAAGGGUAUUUAUAUGCCUUAAAAUAAAAUAAGGAUGUGAAAGGAAGUUGCAAACCUUUGGGGGAUAUUGUGCUGGUUACACUUGGGUUAACUGCAGCUCUAUAUGGAAUUGGAUAUUGAAGCAGGUUGGUUCAUUCAACCUUGCUUACGCAGAAGUAAAUGCCAUGGAAAUCAAUGGGUUUUGUUUCCAAGUACCAUAACUGCAUUUAUAAACCAGGUGCAAGUUUAUAGUUUAAGAGAUUGUGAUUGUUUAAGAGCGGUUUUAAGUUUUGGUUAGAAACACUAGCCUGGAUUCAACUAACCCAGUACAUUAGUCGAAGGCAGCAGAAAGACUCUCGCUAACUCAGUGGGGCUUUCCCCCUCUCCUUCCCUCCAAAUUCACUCUCAAGAACUGGGAGAACCCCCAGAAUAUAAUGCUCGGGAGGAGAGGGGAGAUCGUUCCCUCUGGUAAGGAGGAAUCCUUUCACUGGCAGAACACUUGUAUUAGACAGUUGAUGCAUUGGACCUUCUCUUCACAAGGAAGCUAAAUAGGUGGCUUGUACAUUGUUCAGAGAGCUUUCUAAAGAAUGUUUUGGUGAGAUUGAAGUACUAAUUGCUAGAGUGCGCACACUAGUGGUUCUAAAAACAUACUUUAUAGUAACAGUAUGAUUCCAUUAAGGAACUUUGCCCAGACCAGAGUAAAGAUUCCCUUUGGCUGAUAUGUACAAUGAUGUCACUAAUUCUAAUGUAGUAUGUAAAUGUGACCAUAAAGUCAACUUCUAAAUGAAAAGGAUCCUUGUAUAUAGCCUCAGAAAUGGAAGGAAGCAUUUAUUCUGAAUAUGCAGGUCCACUUCACAGGGGUCUGCACUCCUCUGUCCAUUUAUUAUUCUCCAUUGAGGUGUCCUUGUUUUUUGUUUGCCUUGCAGAAUAGGGACUCGUGUGUCUUAAAGCAGAGGCUCUAAACCAGGCAUCCCCAAACUCGGCCCUUUAGGUGUUUUGGGACUACAACUCCCAUCAUCCCUAGCUAACAGGACCAGUGGUCAGGGAUGAUGGGAAUUGUAGUCCCAAAACAUCUGGAGGGCUGAAUUUGGAGAUGCCUGCUCUAAACCAUUGGGCAAUACCUUAUGGUCAUAUUCCUGCCCUAUAGCUUUAGAAUAUCUGCUUCAAGACACUUGGAGCCCUGUUUUAUAAUGGUCACUUCUGUUCAUUUGUUGUGUUGUGCUUUCGUUUUGCCCCAGGAUUUAUCCUCAGGGUCUACAUGGCCUUACCUUGUUUUUCUUCUCAGCAAAGCAUGAAUGUCUCACUUUCUGGGUGCCAAAAUGCAACAGUAUGUUCUGUUAGUCUCUCUUAGUAUAAGCUCAGCCAAUGAAUUCUCCAUUUGGAAGGCUGAAGGACCUCCGCUAGCCAAUAAUUUGAAAGCUCUUGCCAAUGCCUGGCCCAGACUUAGAGUCCUAAACGUCGUUGUGUUCUUUGUCAUGCAGUUGGCAGGUCUUGGUUUUGCAGUCAAGGAGAGGGAUUUCAUAAACUUCACUUGCCUGCUAUCUCAUUGACUUUGCUGUGCAUCAAGUGUUUAUUACAUGCUUGGUUUCUGUGAAUCUUGAUUUCUUUUAAUUUCUCUUAAACCCUCUCUAUAUUAUGUGUGUAUCCCUGUGUUACACAGAGCUUGCAGUGUUGUAACUUACAUCAGUAUAUUUUCCAUUUUGCCCCAGUGCAUCCUGUUUUCUUCUAACUUUUGCCAGGCACCUAAGCUGUGCCAUCGAUUGGUUUUCUAGAUAAGCAUCUUCUGUCUACACAACCUGAAAUAUACUGUACAACAAUUUCCACUUACUGAUGGGCAUCCCUGCCUGUUUCAAACUUCUGUACAAUUUUCUUGGGAUUCUUGACUUUUGCUCUUCAGACACUGCCAUUGUAGACAAGCUUAUAUUCCACAGCUUGUCUGGAAAAUUGAAGAGUCCGUUGCUCUCUUUACCUUAGAAGUUCUAAUGCUGUGCCUUUCUACUAACCAGCUAUUUCAAUUCCAAAGUCUGUAAUCUUGAAAACACCUUUCUAACCAGCAAUGUGAUCCACUCUUCUGACAACUUGACUUGACUCCAUUCAGUUGCUUAAUGUGGAAGUAAGUGAAACAUUUAAGAAGGGGGGGAAUCUAGUUGACAAGUUGUGAAUUCAUAUACAGUUGUGGCAAAUUGGUGCUGACCAUGUUUACCAGUUGAUAAAGUUGGUAUUCAAAGCCUACCUUUAUAUAUUUUUCUUAGGUUUGCUGCUAUGUGUCUUGAGUAUAUUAGUUGUGUGGCAAACUGCUGUUUAAAGUUUUGUCACUACUUUCUCAAAUUUUGAAGAGCUUUUGUUAAAAAUUAAAAAAACAUGAAUAAUGCUACAGUAUUUGUAUAUCAAAUGGAUAUUUUUCAUCUGGAAUAAUUAAGUUGCUCUUUUGCAUUGACUGGAAGAAGUUAUCCGUUUUAAGUCACUUGGUUAAAGGUGUAGUAUGCACAGUACCAAAACUAUUUUUAAAAAAAAUCACAAAACCGAUUUAGUUUUAUAUUUUGCUGUUCACGUUCCUAUAAUAUUCAGUGUACCAGUUCUGCAUUCAAGAAGAAUUGCUUUUACAAGAAAGAAACUUGUGAGAAUUGGUUCUGUGCUUUUUGUAAUGUGUGUCAAUCACUGUGUGUUUAAUUUUUUUUUAAGCCAAAUAGUUCUUGUAUGACAUUUUCUAAUUGCUUUAACUAGAGCUGUUCCUUUGCUUUUAUGCUAAGAGAACAAAAGUUGGAGAUGUUAUUACCCUGGGAAAGCUUAGGUUCUUUGUUAGAGUGGGACAGACUUUCCAGCCAGAAUAUUAAAUAAGGCUGAAAGCAAUGUCUGCCUAUUGAUCUCACUGUGGGUUCAUUGCUGCAUUUGGGGUUUGUUUGCUUGACCCUGAUUGGCUGGCUUUGCUUGCUUCUCUUGUGUGAUGUCUUAUCUUCCAGUUUCCUUUGGCCGUUAACUUUAUAGUUUAGGCUUGAGAUUUCUAGGCUGUUUUGUGUUUUUGUUUUUUUUUAAUUUAUUUUACAGGUUAAAAGGGCUCCUAGAAGAUGCUAUGCUGGACAAUUUUUGUAUAACUUUCAAUUCAUUGUUUUAGUAUCAAUAAAUAUUUUUUUAACUUUUCAGCUCACUGUGGCCUAUGCAUAGUUCAAUUACUGUACUUGAAUUGAUUGGUUGUAUUUCUAUGCAACUUUCCAUCCAGAUGGAUCCCAAAUACUUCCUUCUCCACUGUACUCUUUCCCCCACCAAAAAAGAGAGAGAGAGAGAGAAAUUAUAAGGCACUGGUGCAUUUAAAUACUGGGCAAAAGAACUACCUAAUGUAUCAGUAGAUGUACACAAGAAAAGAAAAAUAGUCAAGUCCUUCUGCUCAUCUGGCUGACAAUUAACAGGUGCAGAGCCGGUUCUGCCAUUAGACAAUCUGAGGUGGCUGCCUCAGGUGGCAGAAGCUCCCAAGGUAGCAGCCACCCAGGCUCCCUGCCACUGCUGUCAGCUGAAUUUGUAUCAGAAAUGUGAGAUCUCGCCCAAAUUUUGCACUUACCACUGGCACCACUUCUCUGCUGGUGGCAAAAGCGGCGCCAGUGGCAAAAGGUACGGAGGCGGCAGGGCAGGGAAAGGUGGCACUCCCUGUUUUGCCUCAAGCCCUGAACAGGUGUAUCCACAAAUUAAUGUUUAUUUUCAUCUCGUCCACAUGACAUGCUAGAAGAAAUUUCCACAGAUAAUAGGAGUGUUUUCUAUCACAACCUGCCUGUUUGUUUGUAAGAGAGAGAGAGAGAUAAAAUAUUAUCCCCGCUGAAUCAUGCCAUGAUCAAAUCCCUUUAGACCAGGCAUCCCCAAACUCGGCCCUCCAGAUGUUUUGGGACCACAACUCCCACCAUCCCUAGCUAACAGGACCAGUGGUCAGGGGUGAUAGGAAAUGUAGUGCCAAAACAUAUGGAGGGGUGAGUUUGGGGGUGCCUGCUUUAGACUCUUACCAUCCAACGCUACAAGUCUUUGACUUUACUACUACUGCAGCAGUAGCAUGCCCAGAGCAACUCCCAUACAAAGCUGUGUUCUCCUUUCUAAAUGCGACAUUGUGGGAAGUCAUUCUGUAAGUCAGUGCUCUACUGUCAAAGGGCCUCUAGUGGCCAGAGCCGGUCCUGUGGCAGCGAAGCUCUCCGGGAAGGGAAUCGAAAGUGUCUAACGCCUGCGUGAACCCAGAAAACAAGUUACAGCUCCGUUUCUUCAGUGGCCCAUUAUUCGAGCCCCCGGUGAUUCCUGUGGUGCUAUGUUGACCCGGUUAAAAGUAGCAACCGUAGUUUAUAAGCCGCUUGGCUCAGGGGAGGCGGUGGAAAGGGGUGGAUCCCUACAUUUUCCACUCCAGCGUCUUCCAAAAGUCAACAGUGUAGGAACCGAGGUGCUAAACAGCAGCUGAAGCGCAGCAUCUGCAGAACCACUAGUGGGGGAAGAGAAGACGAGAAAGGGCCACGCCUCAUAGGCAGUGGAGGACUCCCCAUCAGUCCCCAUCCAGUACGGCCAUGGUCACGGGGAUUAUGGGAGUUGUAGUCCAACGACGUUUGGGAGGCCACAGGUUGCCUGCCCAUCCCUGUUUGUGUCUCCCGUGCGCUGAUUAACUUGGCAGACAUUUGACUUCUGGCGAGCUUACUCCGAGGCUGAUCCGGCAGGGAUGAGCCAGCCAUUUCCACCGGCUGUUCCUCAAGCCCAAGAGGCCGCUGGAUGCUGCAGUCGACUCCUCGAAGACCAGCAGGUCUCCUGAGUAAAAUGGAUUUAGCCUCGCAGCUUAAAUUUUCUACUGCUUACCAUAGCUGUCAACUUCUCCCCUUUUUAAAAGGGAAAUUCCCUUAUGCUGAAUAGGCUUCCUCGCGAGAAAAGGGAGAACUUGACAGCUAUGCUGCUUACGCAUACCGCUGAAUAAAGUUCGCUGCUGAGCCAAGAGAACUUGCUUGCCGUGUAUCCGCACCUAUAUAAAUUUCUGUGGGUGGAAUGAAAGACUUUUCCUGAGGGACUCGAGGCCGAAUCGGAGUUUCCCAAGUCCAUGCGCUUCCCUUAUAAAGAAAAAUUACGGUUCCUUUGAUGUUCCAACGGCUUGCUCUUGAGUAAUCGGCUGAAGCCAAAACCUGUACUGGAACAUUUUGCUCCAUAAUUAAACGUGGUAAAAAGCCUCUCCUCCCACCUCCUUUUCUUGCAACGACAUUAGGUUCUUGCAUGGCCGCUGCAACAUUCCUCUUUUUGCUUAGGGAGGGGAAAGACGUGGAUGAUCCUUCCUCCGCUCGGGCUACCUGAUCCUCUCUGAAAUAAAGGCUGCAGCCGCACCGAGUUUGUGCUUCGGCCCAUCCACGGAUACCCGGCGUCCUCAAGGGACGUGGACUGUUUGAACCCCCCACCACCUGGUGGUUGCGCUCUCGCUCUUUUCCUUUCCCCUCCUUUUGCAGCGGAGGU